AUGAACACUCAGAUUCUAAAAGAUCAAAAUUAUAGGGAGCACAUUAUUUAUAUCCUAGAACAUUGGCAUAACAAUACACAAUUUGAAGAACUGGAAAGGUGGGAAAAUCUCAAGGAAACAAUAAAGGGUAUCUCAAUAAAACAUUCAAUUAGGAUUCAGAAAGAAAAGAAAUUAUUACUUGAAUAUUUAUACUUACAACUAGAAACACUAGAACAAAAUUACAAUUCAGACCAUCCAGAUAUUACAGCAACAAAAUCACAAAUAUUAGCAUUAGAACAGGAAUUUAACCUUGGUACCAUCAUAAGAUCAAAAAAAGAAUUUACAGGAAGUGACAUCUCCAAUAUAGAAAUAUAUAAAUUAUUCGAAAUCAAAAACUCAGCCAACAAGGAAAUACAAGAAAUUGAAAAUGAUGAGGGGGGUAUUGUUGAUGCCUAUGAAGAAUGUUCGAAAAAUCACACAGAGAGAAAAUAUAUUGAUACUAACACAGAACCGGAAGUAAAACCUGAUUUACCAGAGGAAGAAUCGGUUCAGGUUGAGGUGUAUCAUCAGAGACCAACACCACGUCGUCCUAUGUUCAUACCCAAAGGUGAACACGUUGAAACUUCAUUAAGUUCAGAUGGAGAUGAUAUUAGCUAUCUAAGCAUAGGUCCGGACAUUUCGACCUCACGAGAUGUACACAGCCGGCAAACAAACGACACCGUCCUGUCUUCUAAGAACAGUAUGGAAAGCGAGUUGGAACUUCGCUCGGUAUGUUUGGGCAGUGACAAUCUUCCAGAACAACCAUUGAGUGCGGCUGUCCAAGAUAAAGCAUGUGCAAAGAAGACUGAAAAGUUUGAUGUUUCCACUAAACCAAGGAUUGACUGUGCUACAAAGAUCCUCAAGAGGCACUACCAGGAUGAUCCGGACCUACCGGAGCCAGCCAACAGUCACCAUGACUUAAUGGCCCAAUUUGUUGAGUCAAAACCAUUUAACACCAAAAGAGACACCAGGACUCAUAGUAAAAACAGUCGCUCUGGAAGCAUUGGUGGCAGCAAAGUCAUUGCCCCGACUUGGAUGGGAUCGAGACCACCAGCUCCUUCGGCAGCGGAAGUAGCAUUACCUAGAUAUUCACGGUACACGGAAUACAAACCAUCAAUUCCAGUUACAAUACCAGUUUCCAGUCCGGAAACAGUGAAGAACAACAUGCCACAAGGUGAAGGAUUGAAGAUACCAACAAGGAGAAGAGGUCAGAAUCCGGCGUUAGGAUAUAAAUCAGGCUGGAGAUAG